AUGGGAGCUGGCAUAGUGAUAUGGGAUGAGGAAGGUGAGGUACUUGUUUCUCUUUGGAUGCCAAAAGGAAAUGUCUGUAGUCCAAUAGUUGCAGAGGUUCAUGCUUUGUGGCGAGCUGUUGAGUUGUGUACUGAGCUUAGAUUUACAAAUGUAGUCUUUGAAGGUGAUGCUUUGACGAUAAUAGAUGCUAUAAAUAGAUCAAAAGAGAGUUGGGUCUGGUAUGGACAAAUGAUAGAAGAUCUGAAGCAGUUUUUUACAUAUACGAACAGAUGGAAGUUACAACACGUAUAUAGGGAAGGCAACCAAGUGGCACAUAGUUUAGCUAAAAAUGCAAUUGAUUUAGGAGAGGAAAUAGUGUGGAUAGAGAACUAUCCGGAUGAUGUGUUUUCUGUUCUACAGUUUGAUAGAAAUGUAAUACUUGAUUAUAGUUGA